GGCUGCCAGCAUUCCAAAAAGGAUAUCGUCCUCAUCUGCAGCCACUCAGGGCUUUGGGGUGGAGCCUGCAGCACAAGCCGAAACAUUUACAGGUGCAUAAGUACGUGGGGAAGGGCACAGGUGAUGCACCUGUCUCAGGAAGGAGAACUAGCACAGGUGUGUUGUAACUCAGUCAGCUGCUUGUUUUAGAGCAUGAGCUCCUUUGAUCCACAAACGCACUCUCCACCACGCUGCAGCCCACAAUUUCCAAAUAUUGGUCAAGAACCUCCGGAGAUGAAUAUCUACUAUGAGAACUUUUUCCAUCCACAGAAUAUCCCAAGCCCACAACGACCUACCACCUUUGAGACGACGGACUACAACGCCACUCCCAAUCCUUACCUCUGGCUAAAUGGACCUUCCAUUACCCCACCACCAUACCUCCCAGGAUCCAAUGCCAGUCCUUUCAUUCCUCAGUCUUAUGGGAUGCAAAGGCAGCUUUUGCCGAACAUGCAUGGCUUGGGAGGAACUGACCUUGGCUGGCUUCCUCUCCCAUCCCAGGAGGAGCUGAUGAAGUUGGUUAGACCACCUUACUCCUACUCUGCACUAAUUGCCAUGGCUAUCCAUGGAGCGCCGGAAAAAAGGUUGACUCUCAGUCAGAUCUACCAGUAUGUGGCCGACAACUUCCCGUUUUAUAACAAAAGCAAAGCUGGCUGGCAGAACUCCAUACGACACAACUUGUCUCUCAAUGAUUGUUUCAAGAAGGUGCCUCGAGAUGAAGAUGAUCCAGGAAAAGGAAAUUACUGGACUCUAGACCCAAACUGUGAGAAGAUGUUUGACAAUGGAAACUUUCGCAGGAAGAGGAAAAGAAAAUCUGACACUGGGACCAGUGCUGCCUCUCUUGCAUCUGAGAAAUCAGAGGAUAGUGCCCUGACUGGCAGCCCCAAAGAUAUAGAGCAUCAGGAUAUCUUGGAAAACUCAUCACCUGGGACUGACAAUUCACCUGAGAAACGAUCUCCAUCUCCAUCUUCCAGUAGUCCCUGCCUCAGUAACUUCCUCUCCAGUAUGACUGCAUAUGUUAACGGCUCCAAUUCAGUGAGCCGAUCAGUGCCUUUGGGACUCAACACUGAACCCAUUGACAAAAUGGGACAGAAUAUGGUAGGCUUUAAUUCUUAUUCCCCACUCUCUAAUAUCCCCAGCCAUGGUGUGGGAGAGUGGUCCAAUUCUAUGCCUUCCAGCCAUCUUGGUUAUAGCAACUCAGUGCUCAAUCAGUUUAACACCCAUUUUUACAGCAGUAUCAGUACAAAUAACACCUUGUAUCCUAGGGAGGGGACAGAGGUUUAAAUAAAAAAGGAUUGCAAGACAGUAAAGUAUGGGUAUUUAUAAGAGGUAAUGUUCUGUGGGCAGAUGAUUAGUGUUAGCCUGUUGUCUCUGGGACCUACAUUGCAUUCUACCCUCUGACAGCUCCACACUUGUUACCCAUUAUACUUACACAAAUCACAAGCACUCCACAUUUGGUAGCUCCACAUAAAAUUUCAGGUUUCGGGGUUGUAACAACAGUAGCCAAGAGUUCUCCUGCAAGAUAGUGUAUGUACUGUUCCCAGCCAUGCUCUUCUGUGGACACCCUUGAAGAGCUAGUGUUUGCCUUUAGGCCUAAAACUUUCUGGCAUGGUACUAAUAUCGCUAUGAUGCUUUUCAAGUGCUAAUAUAAAUGUGGUUAUAUCUCUAAAUAUCCCUUCUUGCUGACAUAGGCUGUCUACACUAGACAUGUUUGACAAGUUCUUAUUUAGACAAAUCUAUUCUGAGACACUGAAAUUUGCAAUACUCCACCAGUAUCUAUAAUAAAAGGUACUAUGUAGAGAGUAACAAUCAACACUCGAAGGGCAAGUGUUGUCCUUGGUGUUCUCUAAUACUAGUGCUUACAUCGGCUAAAUUCUGAUCUCCUUUCAGCCCCAAGGGGAAUAUGGUUGCGAAGCAGGCUGGCAACACCAUGGACAUAAAAUUCAUUUUGAAACUGAAGGAAAGCAAAACAAAAUAUAAUGGAACUGUCUUCUGCUGGUGCAAUCCGAUCUUACUCAAUUUCUAAACACAGGGUCAAAUUCUGUUUGCUUUACACAGGCAAAUCAAUUCACAUAGGGAUAACAAGUUCUGCCCUGAAAAAAAAUAUAUAUAUAUAUACGUAUUUUUUUUAAAUACAUGUGUUCUCUGAGAAGAAAACGUAUUUGUUCUAGCUUAAAUUUCUAGAUAAAUCAUUUGUAUUGAAUAAUGAAUUUGAAUAUGAAACGGGGGAAGAAAGGGGAGGUAGACAGUUUAAUUGUCUCUGAGUUUCAAUUCCAAAGGCUGCAUUUUUCAAAGCAUCAAUUGCAGAUACUGGAAGAAGUCACUGUACUGUAUUGUUUUCUCUUCUUUUUGUAAAAGUCCAUGCAAUUGUCUUGCCCUUGUGUAAAUUUUAGGAAUAAUGCUUAUUUUUCCUAUACUAUGCUGUAGCCACAAACAGAAUUCCAAAACACAUGUAACAUUCUUUUUCAAACCAAGACUUGAAUCAAGUUCCACAUUCAUAUAAGAGUAAUUUCUCAAACUGGAUAGCCUGCAGUAUACAUAGACAGCAAGUUUAACCGUUCACAGCUGUGCACUGACCAGACUUUUAGAAUGAUGGAAAACAUAUUAAUGUAUUGUAAUAGAAACCACUUUGUCUUGAUUUUUUUUUUAACUGUAUAUGGAUACAGUUUUGUUACGGGCUGCCCCAGAAGCAUUUUUAAUAAAGCAUUUGUAUAGAAGAGUG